CGGAUCAAGGGAAUCGUCAUUGUUUCUACCAGACAACGACAGAAGCAGCAUCAUCAUGAGCGGACGCGGCAAAGGAGGCAAGGGACUCGGGAAAGGAGGCGCCAAGCGUCACCGCAAAGUUCUCCGCGACAACAUCCAGGGAAUCACCAAACCCGCCAUCCGCCGUCUGGCUCGCCGCGGCGGCGUGAAGCGUAUCUCCGGCCUGAUCUACGAGGAGACCCGCGGCGUGCUCAAGGUUUUCCUGGAGAACGUGAUCCGCGACGCCGUCACCUACACCGAGCACGCCAAGAGGAAGACGGUGACCGCCAUGGACGUGGUGUACGCGCUGAAGAGGCAGGGCCGCACCCUGUACGGCUUCGGAGGCUAAACCACCAGCACCUGAACGCACCAACAACAACACAACGGCUCUUUUAAGAGCCACUCACUUCUUCUGACGAGACUCGGUCCUGCUUGUUGAUAGAAUGUUGUAAUUAACAUUUACGGGUCAAUGAGUUUUGGGUUUUUUUCAACAUUAAGGCAACAGACUCGAUCGACUGUUAAACAUCACCAGAUGUAUAUUUAUAUAGAUUAUUAUAUAAGAUAUUCAAAGGUUGGAGCUGAGUAGCAACACGUAUUAAUCUCCACACUCAUUUGUCCUGAGGGAAAAACUCACUUUAUAAUAAAACAUAAGUCCAUAUGUUCAAAGGUAUCACUAGAUUUGAAUGUCAUGAUAAGAUUUUAUUUUAAAAUUUCACUCAAUACAAGAUUUUGAACAAUUUUGUCAUUAACCAAUCAAGGUUAGAUUUCCUUUUUAUCGCUCCGGAUUAAGAAUUGACUUAUUUCUUAAGUGUAUGAACCAGUGACCUGCUUUAUUUAAGAAAUAAAAUACAAAUCAAGCGAUUUUGAGAUGAA